AUGGAAGAACUUCUUCUCUGCGAUCAAAGCUGUCUACGGUCCGCCGACGAAGGGCACUGCUCCUCUCCUCAGCGCCGACGACAACACUCUCCUGACUGAGAAGACGCAAAUCCUGCAGCGAUGGGCCGAGCAUUUCCGAGGCGUCCUCAACCGCCCCUCCGUCAUCUCCGACGCCGCCAUCGAGCGUUUGCCGCAAGUGGAGACCAACGUGGACCUCGACCUCCCGCCAUCUCUCCAGGAGACCAUCAGGGCCGUGCAGCAGCUCUCCAGCGGGAAAGCACCCGGAUCGGACGCAAUCCCUGCUGAGGUCUACAAGCACGGAGGUCCCAACUGAUGGACCACCUGACUGCGCUCUUCCAGGAGAUGUGGCGUCAAGGUGAAGUCCCGCAAGAUUUCAAAGACGCAACCAUCGUGCAUCUCUACAAGCGCAAAGGGAAUCGCCAAGUCUGCGACAAUCACCGCGGCAUCUCCCUGCUGAACAUCGCCGGGAAGAUCUUCGCACGAAUCCUCCUCAACCGCCUCAAUAACCAUCUGGAACAGGGCCUUCUGCCGGAAAGCCAAUGCGGCUUCCGUCGUCAUCGUGGGACCAGGGAUAUGAUCUUCGCCGCCCGUCAACUUCAGGAGAAGUGUCAGGAGAUGCGGACCCACCUGUAA